AUGGCUCAGUUGCUCUCCCCUGUUUUCACUGAAGCUCUCAAGUUCCAGAACCCUUUACUACCACCGAGCACAUGGCGCGUGUUAGCGAGGACCAGCAGUAUUAAUAGCUUGAGUCUGAUGGGUCAUGCUGGGAAGCGAAGAGCCUGUGGUAGAGUCAGAGUGGCAACUGAGGGCUCAACUUCAGUUGGCGCUUUGGCUGAUGACUACUACUCCGUCUUGGGUUUGCUUCCAGAUGCCACACCAGCACAGAUCAAGAAAGCCUAUUACAAUUGCAUGAAGGCUUGUCAUCCUGACUUGAGCGGUGAAGAUCCGGAGACAACAAAUUUUUGUAUGUUCAUCAAUGAGGUCUAUGAGGUUCUCAGUGACCCUGUGCAGCGCAUGGUUUAUGAUGAAAUUCAUGGUUAUGCAUUGACGGCGAUCAAUCCUUUUGUAGAUAACACUGCUCCAAAGGAUCACACAUUCGUUGACGAGUUUAGCUGUAUAGGCUGCAAAAACUGUGCCAAUGUGGCUCCAGAUGUCUUUGCAAUUGAGGAAGACUUUGGAAGAGCCAGAGUAUACAGUCAGUGUGGCAAUCAAGAUUUAGUUCAACAAGCAAUUGAUAGUUGCCCUGUUGAUUGCAUCCAUUGGACGUCUGCUGCACAACUGUCAUUGCUUGAAGAUGAAAUGCGCAGAGUAGAAAGAGUAAAUGUUGCACUGAUGCUGGCAGGUAUGGGCUCAGCAGCAGCGGAUGUUUUCAGAACGGCAAGUUCUCGAUGGCAAAAGAGGCAAGCAAAAGUCUUGGAACAAGCUAAAGUGAGGAUGACAAAGCAGAAAGAUUCAGAGAAAACGGAAUCAUACUGGGACAAUGUAUGGGGCAAAGCCAAAGACUACCAGACUUCAGAGGAGGAAACAAAAGAAAGAGCAAAGAGAGCUGCCGCUGCAGCUCGAAGAUGGAGAGAGUACUCGAGGAAGGGUGCUGAUAAGCCUCCUAGAUAUAAACUUCCAGAGGCAAUCUCCAACAAUGAAAACUGACCGUCAGUUUUAUGACCAUUAGUAUUCUUAUAGUCAAUUGUAAUUCAUUGAUGAUAUAGCCUAUAGCCCUAUACCUCUUGUAAAUUUGUAAUCCUGUAAAAGUUGAACGUAUAAUCAGUGUAGUCAUUAUUGCUACAAAAUGACAAUACAUAAGGAAUAUAGAUUUAGAG